GUCAGAGUGUCAUGGAAGCGAGGCCGAGAAACGAAGAGGAAGAACCGAACGAGAGACCGGGGCCACGUGGUCACGCGCGAGCACGAGCUCCGAGCGAAGAAGAACGACUGGCCGUCGUCUGCGGCGGCCGUGUACCGUGCCCCUCGAAGACCUGCCAAGAUCUGCGUGCGCUGGGUCGCAAGCAUGGACAUUAGCAGCAGAGACAGCGUCAUUGUCGUCGCCACCUUCUGCUGCGUCAACAAUUUCGUGAUCUUUUUGGUGCACGUGUUCCCACCUGAGGGCAGGUUCAACAACGAGGACGCAGAUCAUAUGGUCUACAUCAUCGGUGUGAAGACUUUCGAGAGCGCAGUCAGCGUGAUUGUGGAUAUCAUGACCAUCAUUGGGGUGUGGGGCAUGGACAAGCGUACCACUACGUCCCGUAAGCAGGCACACGGAUACCGCCAAAGGUUGAUGGCUCGCCUGAAGGAACCAAAACGUGCGCUGCUGAUCUUCAUUAUUUGGUCUAUCACCACGUCACCGGCGAGCGUUGGCACCGACAUGGUCUACAAUUACCACACAAGCGGGAGCAUGGACAUGUUCAUAAUGAACGCUGUGAUCCGAUGUUCAAUUGAAGCGGCUAAGUGCAUCAAUUGCGCCGGCCUCAUCUUCUACAGCGGCGGUUUGAUCCGGGACAAAAGGGUGAUGGGCAGGACACUCGGCUACGGCUGGAUUUUCGACUUGCUCUUCAGCCUGGAAUGUGCCUUGAACGGCCUCAGCGACUUGCUACUGCUAGCGGCUGUUUCAUACCGGAGCAGGGACGCACGCGAAGGCUUUCCUAUCGGAUGUCUGACCUGCACCCUGAAAGGGUUCAUCGUGUGGAACACCUUCUCCGUGGUCGCCUGCUGGACCGCUUCGUGUGCCUUGUACCACGAACGUGACCUGGAGUUCGGCGCCGUCUACCCGUAUGCCCUGAUCAACGAGUCUGUCCUGACGUCAAACGCAACGAGCGCCACUCUCGUGAAUAAAAGUUUCAUUCCUACCCUGGCUAUGGUGUACAUAUCAGCCACUCUAAUUGCUGCUUUCAAGCUGAUCGUGUUGUACGCCGUGUACUACGGCUUCCUGCAAGUGGCGUUACACGACGCCGUGUUGGCCGACCCGUUCGUGGUGUACGCCCGCGAGCAGGACACAACGCAUUCGUCGCUGCACACGGCACCCGCGGGAGGCCCCGAGGACGGUCGGGGCUACCACGGCGGUGGUCGCGCGGACCACGUCAGGCCCCCGGGCCUAGCGGGGCGCAUACCGAAAGAGUGGGGUCAGCCGAGUCAGACCUCGUUCCGACCUCGCCCCGAGUGGUCCAGCUCGGAGGGCAGGCACAACCCGUUCGCCGAGAGCAGGGAUCAUCGACUGGCCGGGCUGCAAGUGGUUUCUUCGUCGCAGUCCAGCUAUCCACUAGACCGCUGGACUAGCCCGGGACGAAUGUGUUCGCCCGACAUGUCGUCGGUCUCAGUGACGGAACGAGCUGCCACGGACCCUGGCAGUCCUUCCGUUGCUCACAUGAUGCCCCUUCUCCCUUGCGGCCCAGCGGGAUCAACAGCCGGACCUCCCGCGCACCAGCCCACGGCGCAACCCUCGCAGCUACCGCCACAUCAACCGGCUCUUCCAGCGGGACCGCCUAUGCCGCCUCCUUCGCCGACCCCGUUGGCCCCGAGUCCCGCGCCGCCUCACAGCUCGCCUGACCCCGUCCCGUCUGCCAUGCCUCAGCCCCAUCAUCCAGAUCAGCAACAGCCGGCGGCUUCGACUCCGUCAUUUCCGCCCGUAGAUCCUCACCAGGCCCCGUCACUCGUGAAGGUUAACGACGACGCGCCGCCACCACGAGACCGGAAGCGUCACCGAAGGGUGUCCAUAUCGGAGGAGCCAUCCGACACAGCCGCCGGUGCCGGUGGCGCCGCGCAAGCAACCACUGGCUCCGGCCAGCCGAGCGCGCGUCGCUCGAACGAAUCCCUGGCCAACACGUUGGGCAGGAUGCUGGACAACCUGGCAGCGGGACCCUCCCAAUCCCGUUAGCAACUGCCGCCGCAGACCCCGCGUAUACGCGGCGCGUUGCUGUAACACGUACCUCGCUUUCCGCCAUUGUUUCCGCCAUUGUCUGCGAUCGCAUCCGUGGGCGUAUAUAGUAAUUGUUAUUUCGGUUUCUCGCGAUACGCAGCUUUUCGGGCUCGAGAAGAUGCUCCCGGUGAAUACAAAGUUUCGAAGCCA